GGAGCGAGGCCAUGAGCCACCAGGAUGAGCAUGGACAUACCAGAAACCGUAUCCCUGCGCAAGUUCCGCGACUUUUCGGCGCGCCAGAAGCAGGAGCUCUACGAAACGCUCCUUGAAUUGGCCGAGUCCAUCGAUGAGUUGCCCAAAAAGUCCUUGAGAAAAACCCUGGAACUCACCUUGGCCGUUUUGGAGUACAAGGGCGAGCAGGUUCAGCGGCUGCAGGAUGUGGGAACUGCAGGAACUGGAACUACAGGAGGAUUAUCCUCCGACCGGCGACUGCAGGACGAAAACGAGAAGCUCAAGCGAAUGCUGCAGAAACUGGAGGACGAACGCGAUGGCUUGAAAAGCAAAUCAAAGGAGUUAGGGGAGGAAAUUCGGCAAUUGGAGCUGCGCUUGAGGGAGGCCGCCCAGCAGGCGGAGACCAGCGACAAGGACUCAUCGGAUCCUUUGUCCGAGUUGGACAAACAGGAGCAGCUGCUCCAGAACAUCGACUCCAAGAAUAAGCACAUCAAAAGGCUACUGAAAGAAAUUGAGACCCUUCAAAACCAGAACAUAGCCCAAUCCAAGACCAUAGUCCUCCACGAACGCGAACUGCAGAACAUUAAGGCGAAUUUGGUGCAACUAAGCCAGGAUAUCACCAAAGUAGAGCAGGAGCGCAAAUCUUUGAAGCAAAAGGAGCAGCAGCAAGGCCUAGAGAUCAGUCGACUAGAAGGAAAUGUCACCUUUCUGGAGGUGGAACGCGAGAAGCAGGAGCUGGAAAUGCGACAGUUCCUGGACAAAUACGAGACCAAGUCGCUGGGAUGGCGACAGGCUCUCGACGAUCGGGACAAAGAGGUGGAACGUCUCAGGAAACAACUGGAGGGCAAGAGCAUCCACUCCGUUCAGACCAUUUCUUCCAGUAAUCAGAGUCAACAGGAGGAGGAGCAUGUGAAACUGAGACAUCUUUUAGAAUCCCGUGAACAGCGCAUCGAGAAGCUUGAGUCGAAACUAAAAACGAUGGCGGAGGAGAUGGUCAGCUCCACGAAGGUGAUGAACCAGUUGUGCCUGGAAAAGGAGCGUUCCCAGGAUCCUGAGCAGCCGCGAGCCUGCUGUCAGAUGAUCGAGGAGCGACUCCGGGCGGCGAAUGCCAGGAGUCAGCAGCUCUCGGAAAUGCUGGAGGCCGCCGAGCAGGACAAUGUUUUGAAGUCCAAACAAGCCCUGCAUGCCCUUAGUGCCCUGGAGUCCUACAAAAGGGACGAAGAUGGUUUGGUUCCCGCGCUGCGACGCUGCUCGGGAUUGGAACAAAAGCUGGCGGCACGUGAUAAGCAGCUGCGGAGCUACAUCCAGGAAUUAAAUUCACUCCAUGAGGUGGUCCAGGAAAAUGAGCUGCUGAGGCGUCAACUGAACAUCCCCGAUGAUGUGGUGAUCCUGGCUAAAAAUGUGCAUUCCAAGCAGCGGAAUAAGGAUAAGCAGAUCGAGCGACUGACCCUUAAACUGAGGACUUCCGAGGAACUUCGUCUGCAGCUCAAGUUGGACAAAAGUGAAUUGAGGCGAAAGCUCCUGGAGCUUCAACAGGAAAAUCCACAGCCCUUGAAUGAAUCCCUGCAUGCGCCCAGCGAAGUGGGUGAGGUACCACCUAGUGCUCCCCUGGAAAAUUCCCCAAGACGUGGUCAAGGCGAUGGAGCAGCGAGUUCGGAGAUGCAGAAUCGCUAUGAUGAAGUGCUGGCCGAAAAUGAAACUUUGCGAUCUGGAAUGUAUGAGAUUCUGGAAAAGCUGAGGGAAUAUGAUGCCACCUCCGAACACAUAACCAUAGACUCCGAUCUCUUGCGUCGUCUUAUCGAAGCUCUUCCCAGUGGAACGGCCACUCCUCAGAGGCUUCAGGGUCAACUUUUAGAACUCAAAGCCCGUGAGGAGGCACUGCGUCAACUGCUCCAGCAGCAGAACUACAGCGAUUCGGAAACGGGUGAACUAUCCUCAGUGCAAAGUCUCUGUGAUGUUCCAGAGAUUGCAGAGGAAAAUCAAGUAGAAGAGGAUCCCGUUGUUAAUACCGCCACCAGGCCAAGUUCACCCACUGAGGCGACGGAGGGUUUGCAAAGACCCAUCAUUCCAGAUCCCGAAACGGAACCCAAAAACGAGGCCCUCGCAGAACUCUCCAUUCUUCGCAAGCAUUACGAGGAACUACGUCUUCACAUGUCCGCCGAUGGCAGUGAACUAAUGAACCAAAAUCAAGAGCUUCAUGAUAAACUGAUCACCUUGGAGUUGCAGUUGGAAAAGCAGGGAAAUUCCUAUAGCUAUAUGAAAAGGGAUUAUGAUCAGCUGCUCACGGAAACCAGAAAACGGGAACUAAGCUUUAUAGAGGAAAAGGCUUCACUAGCCAGGAAAAUAGAGAACCAAAAGAUAGAAUUACUGGAUAGUAAAGAAGAAUUGGAGAAGGUAAAUCGCAGGAAUUUAUAUACCGCUGAGGAACAGCAAAAACUAGAGCAACGUAAUGCCCAUUUGAGUAUGCAACUUGGUCAAGCGGUGGAAAAAAUGCUGGAAGAGCUAAAACCCUCGGAAAUAUGUGCUGAAUAUGGUAUUAUCAAGGAGAACUAUCAAGUGGAUUACAUCACAGCCGAGGAUUUUGAAAAGCAGCAGGAAGAAUUGGUUAAUUGGCGGAGCAAACAGGCGGAACUUCAAAGGGAAACCAAACAAUUAGAGGGUCUGCUUCAAGUGGCCAAUGAACAGAUUCACUCCCAGCAAAAGCUACUCAAUGAGAUCACUGAUAACCACAUCAAUCUGCGUCAUCUGGUGGCCGAUCUUCAAAGCAGUUCCGAUGAGAAACUUAUGCUGGCCAAGGUGCAGAGGGAUUUAGAUAGUGUUAAAGCCGAGUGCUCCCGCUUGGAAACAGAGCGAGAGCAACUGCAGCAAAAGACGGACUCUUUGCAAACCCAACUGGAGGCCAGCGAGUUAUCCUUGAAAGAAGCGCAAAAGGACUUCCAGCAGGAGCGCACCAAUAGCGAUAUUAAGCACAAAUUCCUCCAGCAUUCUUUGUUUAUGCUAAAAGACAAAUAUGCCAAAUUUACGCCACUGGUCUUCCUCACCAACUUUGUGUUCGCCUACCAAAAGUUCCAACGUCGCCUGGAGGAGGAGCAAGUGCAGCGGGGCCAAGAAGAUCACUCUGCUUUGAUUGAAGAAGUAACCGCAGUAGUUCAGGAGAAAAUAUCACCCAAGGAGGAGAGUUCCCAGCAGCUGGUGAAGCUGAUAAAGUCUGAAACCCAGACGAGAUUAUUGGAACAGCGUUGUGAAAUUCUGCAGACCAAACAGGAGGAGCUCUUGAGGGAAUUGGGUGAACUGAGGAUACGACAGGCCACAGAUACGGAGCACUGGAGCACCAUUGAAGCUUUGUUCGGUGAAGGAGUCCCAAAAACCCAAACCAAAGUGGAUGCGGAGACCAACACGGAUGCGGUGACUACUCCUAUUCCGGCCAUGAGGAGGGCAGCCCAGCUGAUAGACAGGCAAUCUUCACCCAUUGGAUCUCCAUUACGAAAACAUCCUCACUUGGAUAGCGCCACUCAAACUCUGGAGGAUCCAGUAAAGCUAUCAGAGACGGCUGUCCAAACUAACGGCAUCCUCAGCCAGCAGAAUCAAUCUGUUCAAACAGCAGAGGAAGUGGAGGACAGCAGGAGGGAUUCCCGAGAGGAGCUACAGAAAAUGCAAGAAAGCCUCCAGGAAGCCAAUCAGCGCAUUAAGGUCCUUGGCAAGCAGUUGGAGGCUUCCAGAUCGGAGAGUCGUGAAUCCGAGAGUCCCCACAGUGGAGUGGUUGAGAAGACCAUUCUCUCCUUCCACUCUCUACUCCUCGAGAAGGAUCAGUCUAUACAGAAGUACCAGGAUCUCCUCCAAACAGAACGGGAUCAAAGUCAGCAGGCCAUCAGCAAACAGGCAGCUGAAAACGAAUCCCUGAGGGCCACAGUGAAUAACCUAAACUUCAAUAUCAAAACCAAGGAUGCGGAGAUUCAGGAGCUCAAGGGGAAGUUGGAACAGAAACCCAAGGCCGUUUUGGAACGUACCCCUUCAUCGGAAUCGAGUUCCAGUUCCAGUUCUGAAAACUCCGUAAAUGAGUUGACGGAUGAGAAGAUCGAGGAACUAUUUGAAAGCAGUUCGGUGGAGAGACCACCAGAAGAGGUUGAAGUUCAAGCGGUGGCUACAGAGGAUUUAGUAACUCAAGAGCCGGAAGGUGAGAAGGAAAAACAGGAUACGGAAGACCUCAAGGAAGUGCCCACGCUGCACAAGCAAAUCAAGGAUCUGAAGGACAAACUGGAGUACAGUGAAAAGAACCUGAAGACUAGAGAAGAGGAAGUGGAUAUACUAAAAGAAAAGUUAAAACUCUGCCAGGAGCGUGAGAAAUCCGUCGAGAGCCAUGCAAGUCCAGAAUUAGAUCAGUUACGCGUCUUUCUAGAUGAGAAAGAUAGGCAUAUCAAGGAUCUGAUGGACACCCUCAAGAACUUCCAUGACGACCAGCAGCGCUAUAUCAAAGACACUUCCAACUUCUCGGAGGACCAGAUAGCCAAACUGGCCGCCGAUCUCAAUCGCACGGAAGCCACCAACAAGAUCUACCACACCCAAAUGGAGGCACUGCGUCGCCAGUUGACCAAUGUAACCCAAAGGGAGAAACAAGCCAGGGAUCUCAGUCAAUCGCUACGCCAGCAGUUGCUCAAACGCCCGGUGGUCUCUAUAAAGACGGAACUGAAUGCCCGGGUGAAGAACGAGAAUCAGCAGAAGAGAAUCCAGCAGCUGGAAACGGAUUUGGAUGAGGCACGUGGUCAACUGCAGAGACAACAGACCCUUUUGGAGGCCAAACGCACGAGGAGUGCCAAUGAAGUUCAGUUGUGGGAAAAGCAGAAGAGGUACCAACAGCAGGCGGAGAAAACCAAGGCGAGAUUGGAGGAAACCGAGUUGGCAUUGGACAAAACGAGAACUCUUCUUCAGGCAGCUCGAAACACGAUUGCCCGUUUGGAGAAGGAUAAGCAAAUUAUGGAGUCCAAGUUGGGAAGAAAUGGUCCUUCGAACAGCUCGGGUUCGGGUUCAAAUCCCCUCAAAUGCUGUCGCACACCAUCCUGUCCGAAUCUCCAGCAUGUGGGCGUCAAUAAGUUCACCCCGUCGCCUUCGGAGAGUCCCGAAACCUACACGGGUCCCAGCAGCGAGUGCAGUUCUCCCGCCCAUCAUCGCACCCAGAUUUUCGAUCAGAGUCAGGUCGACCUCAUAGAGGCCCUUAAAUCCCGCAUAGAACUGCAACAGCGCAAGAUCAUCGCCAUGGAACUGGAGGGCAGGGGUAGUAAUGCUUUGACUACUGAGUUGGAGAAGCUGCAGGAAAGAAGUCAGGCCAUCGAGGCCCAGAAUAUCCGACUGGAGGCUAGGAAUCUUCAGCUGCAACUCGAUUCGGAUCUUUUGAGGCAGGGAGAUAGCAGCGAUCGGCUGCAGAAGAGGAUCAAACACUUGGAGGACUAUAUCCUAGCCCUGAAAGAGGAGAUGGCCCGCAAUGAAUCGCGUCGCGAGUUGUGCAAGUGCAGUGGCCUGAAAGUGAACACAAAUCAGGGUCAAUCGGCGGAACAGACGAUCCUGUCGCUGCGAAAUCUCGUAGAGAAAUUGCGAUCGGAGAAUAAGUUCCUGAAGGAUGGUCGACGUUCCACGGAGUCUAGGAGCUCCACGGAUUCCACUCCACCAGAGGCGACGCGAAUGCAACAGCAGAAUGCAGAAUUGCUGGAGAAGAUUAGCGCCUUGCAGCAGGAGCUGCAAAAGCGAACCAAGUGCAGCCAAUGCGGUGGACGUAGUAAGGACGCUGCCAAUGAGGAGCUCAAGUUCAUCAAGGAGCAGCUGGUGAAGAAGACGCAACUCCUGCAGAAAGCUAAGGUGCUUUUAACCCGUGCUGCCGCCAAGGAAAAAGUUCUGAGGGAGCAACUCGCCCUGUGGAAACGAAAGUGCUCCGAACUGCAAAACGUGCCCGUGAUCGAUGAAAUUAGCGAAUAACCAGUAUUUCUCAUAAGAUGA